UAUCCUCCGGAGUAAUUGAUCUAGAGGGUCAAUUGGAUCUGAUCCAUGGCAGGGAGAAUCCCUCGUGGGUAUUUCAACUGUUUCCAUAAGCUGUAAGUGGCAGACCCCCCCUCCCCCACCGGCGGGCACCACUGCUCCGUCCGUCCAGCCCGUAUUCCGUGCCUCUUCUUCUGGCAGCUUAGCUUCAAGCCCCUCACUCCGUCAAUCCCGCGCUAUUAAUACUACCGUCACAGAGCCCGAUCAACAUUCCCCUCCUCAUCGCUGCUCAGUCUUCCACUCACCUCUCUCACCCCGCGCCCUCCCUCUGCAACCGUCCCUUCCCGCCGCAACUCCACCAUGACCAGCGUCAUCGAAACCGCAAAGCGCGCCGCCGGCAAAGCCGCCGUGCAGAACCACUACCCCAAGGACGCACGCUUCGUCGGCAUCGGCAGCGGCUCGACCAUCGUGUACGUGGUCGAGGCGAUCAAGGAGUCUGGCAUUGACACCACAGCCACAAAAUACGUGCCCACGGGCUUCCAAUCCAAGCAGCUGAUCCUGUCAGCCGGUCUGACGGCCGUCGACUUCGACUCCCUGCCCGAAGGCACCGUGCUGGACGUGGCCUUUGACGGCGCGGACGAGGUGGACGACGACCUGAAUUUGAUCAAGGGCGGCGGUGCCUGUCUCUUCCAGGAGAAGAUUGUGGCUCUGCAGGCGAAGGAGUUUAUCUGCGUUGCUGACUCCCGCAAACUCCAAUCUCGCCUCCUCUCCAACUGGAAAUACAUCCCCAUCGAAGUUGCUCCCAUCGCCGCCGCGCGCGUCCUAACCGCGCUGCGCGCUCUCGGCAGUACUCAGCCCGCGCUCCGCCUGAACGCCGACCCCAAGCAGGGGCCCCUGAAGACCGACCAGGCGUUCUACAUCAUCGACGCGCCGUUUGCGACGCUGUUGACGCAGGCGGACGUCGCGGCCGGCCAGGACGGCAGCGGCAAGGACGGCGUGUGGGAGGUCGAGGCUCUGUCGCGCGCGAUCAAGCAGAUCCCCGGCGUGCUCGACGUGGGAAUCUUCUCGGGCGUGACGGGACCGCAGGCGCAGGCCCUGGCCGUGGGCGUGGGCGGUCAGAAGCCUAUUGCGGCUUACUUUGGGAUGCCGGAUGGGUCGGUGUCUGUGAGGAAGGCUGCUGCUUAAGGGGUGCAUGCAAAGCAUGCAUGCAUGCGUUCGAGGGCGGGUGUAUGACAUUUUUCUUUUUGGUUGUUUGAUAUGAGAGAAGAUUUUCCUUUAAAAGAAAUGAUACC